ACACGUGGAUCUCCUUAUUUUUGCAACAGACCACGUGUAUUCCAGUUUCAGCUAUUCCAUUUUGGUGUUAUAUUGGCCAUAUAUCGAGUCUCUACUCAAACAAAAUUAACAAGCACUCAAGUCUUAGUGCUUCCAUCUCAUUCUAUAAGUGCUUUUCUGCUAAGUCUCUUGUUGGUUUGGAGAAAGGAGGCCUUGGUUCACCAAAGUGAUCACAAAUUCAAGUAAAGAAGACUAGAGGAAAAUUUUUUCGACGAAACGGGAAGUGAGUUUGGAAAGGCUUAAGGAGCGCGAAAGGUACUGACGACAGGUUCGCUGAUCCACACGUUUAGGAUCCUAUUUCUGCUAUUUGGGGCGCUCUCUUCUACAGAGCCCAUCUUUUGAUAUGCCUCCAAAAAAAGCGACAGCGGCCCAAAAGGCCAAGUCAGUUGCCGUAGGAGAGACUAGCCGGGUCCAGAGGACUACCAGGGCCCAGGUAUAUAUUGCUCCGGAGACUUUGCCCCAGACAGAGGGUUCUUCUACACCGCCACUUGUGGAGGAGAUUGGGGCAGCCGUAGCUGCAGAUCGGGGGACGGCUCCACUGCCAGCUCCUGCAGUUCCAGUACCUGAGCCUCCAGCUCCACGGCCAGGCACUGAGGAUCAGUCUAUGAGGGAGGCAGUCCAGUUGCUGACUAGACUUGUGGCAGGGCAGGUUCAGGGGCAUGGACUGGGAGGUGACCGGGCAGUCAGGCGUGAUAGUUCGAGAGCCCGUGAGUUUUUGACUUGUAACCCUCCAGAGUUCUUCGGGACAAAGCCCGAGGAGGAUCCUGAGGAGUUUAUUAGGAAGAUGCGACGCACUCUAGAUUUGAUUAAUGCUUCCGAGACAGAGUCAGUCGCGUUAGCUUCGUACCGGUUAUAUGAUGUGGCGGCAAACUGGUACGAGUCAUGGGGGCUAUCCAGGGGGGACGGCGCUCCUCCAGCAGUUUGGGGCGAUUUUUCUCAGGCAUUUCUUGGACACUUUCUGCCCCCAGAGUUGCGACGAGCCAGAUCUGAUAGAUUCUUAUUAUUGAGGCAGAAGGGUCGCAGUAUUCGGGACUAUAGUUUGGAGUUUGAUUCCUUGGCCCGAUAUGCACCUACUGUGGUGGCUACUAUGGCGGACCGGAUGCAUAGAUAUAUUAUGGGGCUGGAUCGGUAUUUUGUUGAUAGCUGCUUAGUAUUGGCUGCUCAGCCCGGUAUGGACAUUGCCCGUAUCCAGGCCCAUGCCCAGGGCAUGGAGGAUCGGGGCAGAGGAGGACACCAGCCUGACAGGGGCCAGGAUCGGAGACAGCCCAAGAGGGCCAGGUCAUCUGGAGACUUUCGGGGCAGACAGCCGCAGCAGCCUAGCAGAUUUUCAUCUCAGCCGGCGCAGAACGCGCCUCCCCAGCCUGCAGGUCGCAGAUUCGAUAGCCCAGGGUAUUCAGGAGCAGGCCAGAGCUCCAGGGCUUCAGGUUCGCGGACAGAUAAGGGUUCUGGUCAGAUGAGGCCACCCAGGGUUCAGUGUUCUUUUUGCGGCAUAUACCAUACAGGAGAGUGCUACAGAGCCACCGGUGCAUGCUUUUCUUGUGGCCGUCAGGGCCAUUCUGUGAGAGAUUGCCCGUAUAAGGGUAGUUCGGGUGGUGCAGCGCAGCCUACCGGAUCAGCUGCUGGGUCUUCAUCUUCGUCAGUGGCUAUGCGCCCUACGGGGCAGGGUAUUUCGGCACCAGCGGGUCGCGGCAGAGGCCGUGGUGGAGCUUCUGGUAUUAGCGGUCCUUCGAACCGUAUUUAUGCUUUGGCCAGCCGCCAGGAUCAGGAGGCAUCUCCUAAUGUCGUUACAGGUACUUUAUUGGUCUUCUCUCGGUCUGUGUAUGCAUUAAUUGAUCCAGGUUCAACUUUAUCAUAUAUUUCACCUCUUGUUGCCGGUAGAAUUGGUAUUAUGUCUGAACCUAUAGAGCCAUUUGAGGUAGCCACACCGAUAGGGGACUUUAUUGUAGCGAAACAGGUUUAUAAAGACUGUUCUGUGAUUGUAUGUGGCCGUGAUACUAAGGCAGAUCUGGUAGAGUUAGAUAUGACUGAAUUUGAUGUUAUUAUGGGUAUGGACUGGCUAGCUUCCUGUUAUGCUAAUGUUGACUGCCAGAAUAAGGUGAUUCGCUUCCAGUUUCCCGGGGAGCCAGUUUUAGAUUGGGCUGGAAAUACAGCAUCGCCGAAAGGUAAGUUUAUUUCAUACCUUAAGGCAAAGAAAAUGAUUAGAAAGGGUUAUAUCUAUCAUCUGGUACGGGUGCAAGACUUGGACGCAGAGACGCCGACACUUCAGUCAGUCCCCGUGGUUAAUGAGUUUCCAGAUGUUUUCCCCGACGAGCUUCCAGGUCUUCCUCCAGAGCGGGAGAUAGAUUUCUCUAUUGAUUUACUCCCAGACACUCAGCCUAUCUCUAUUCCUCCGUAUAGAAUGGCGCCUGCAGAAUUAAAGGAGUUGAAGGAGCAGCUGAAAGAUUUGUUGGAUAAGGGCUUCAUCAGACCCAGUACUUCGCCUUGGGGAGCCCCGGUAUUAUUUGUGCGUAAGAAGGACGGGUCGCUGCGUAUGUGUAUUGAUUAUCGGCAGCUGAAUAAGGUAACUAUAAAGAAUAAAUACCCCCUCCCCAGGAUUGAUGAUUUGUUUGAUCAGCUGCAGGGCGCUAAGUGUUUUUCGAAGAUAGAUCUUCGAUCCAGUUACCACCAGGUGCGAGUACGAGAGGCCGAUAUCCCUAAGACAGCUUUCCGGACCCGAUAUGGGCAUUACGAGUUCAGGGUUAUGUCUUUUGGGCUUACUAAUGCCCCCGCAGUAUUCAUGGAUUUGAUGAACCGGGUAUUCAGGCCAUUCUUGGAUAUGUUUGUAAUUGUAUUCAUUGAUGAUAUCCUGGUUUAUUCUCGGUCUGAGGCGGAGCACGCAGAUCAUCUGAGAUCGGUAUUAGGGGUACUCCGGCAUAAGAAAUUAUAUGCGAAAUUUUCUAAGUGUGAAUUCUGGCUGUCUUCAGUGGCUUUCUUGGGGCAUGUUAUUGCAGCUGAUGGUGUCCGGGUGGACACACAGAAGAUUGAGGCCAUGAAGAAUUGGCCCAGACCUACGACGCCCACAGAGGUACGCAGUUUCCUGGGGUUAGCAGGCUAUUACAGGAGAUUUGUGGAGAAGUUUGCUUCGAUUUCAGCGCCUUUGACAAGGCUGACUCAGAAGGGAGCUAAGUUCCUGUGGUCUGACGCUUGUGAACGGAGCUUCCAGUUGCUGAAGGAGAAGCUGACUACAGCUCCAGUUCUGACUCUUCCAGAGGGACCGGACGGGUAUGCUAUUUAUUGUGACGCUUCUGGCAUGGGGUUGGGCUGUGUAUUGAUGCAGCAUGGCAGAGUUAUAGCGUAUGCUUCCCGGCAGCUCAAGAAGCAUGAGAAGAAUUAUCCUACCCACGAUCUAGAGCUCGCAGCGGCUCAAUACAUCAAGGAUACGUAUACGUUCGGAUCGUCAUUUUAGGGGUUGAAAAGGUGCUGAAGUAAGUUUUGUUUGAAAAAACUUAGUGUUUGAUUGUAAGGUUAUUUUAGUCAACUUUAUAUGUCGAGAAAAUUAGUCAGCUUUAUUUUCAAAAAUUAAAACCGCAGAAGUGAAAUUGACAUUCACAGCUACAUUACCCCGAGAUUUUUACGUUGAAAUCUAUUGCGUAUCAUCAUCUUAAAAAUAAAUAAAACUGAAAAUUUCACGCUAAUUUGGGAGAAAAUUAAAAUUGAAUGGGAUAAAAGGUAUUUUUUAAAAAAAAAAUCGGCUCAGCCAAAUUGCUUUGUGGCAGU